GCGGCGGCAACACGCGUCUGUCAAAUUUGAAUUUCGAAUAGUAAAAACUGUUAUUUCAAAUUACGCGCCAGUUCUAUAUAUAUAUAUUUUUUUUAAUUACCAUUUGUGCCAAUAAUUUAAAUGGAAUAGUGACUGUUUUUUUUUUAAAGUGAGUGAUUAUGGAAUCCGAAAUAAAUGAAACACAGACUCAAAAGAAAACACCUAAGCCGUUUUCAAUUGAAUCUCUAAUAGGGAGUGACAGGAAAUCUCCGGAAAUAGACAUAGAAAAUAACAUAUCAGAACAUUCGAGAAAUUCGGAGGACGACGACAAUGAAAGAUUGGAGGAAAUUAACCGGAUGCGGUAUUAUUUUAAUGCGCCAUUUUUGCAACAAAAUGGCGUUAGUUUUCCUUUUUUAUUGGGCUACCCUGAGCCGUGGUUGUCGAGGGUUUUUCGACCAGGCCCGGCUGUGACUGAGAAUAAGGAAGAAGAGAAGAGAGAGAGUCCGGUCAGCGUUGGGAGUGAAGUUGAGAGUGAUACGGGAGAGGAUAAUACGCAAGCAGGCAACGACUCUGACCAAGAAGAGGACAAUGCUGACACCCCCCGCGAGAGCAAGGCCCGCCGCAGAAGGACAGCGUUCACCUCGGAACAGCUCCUGGAGCUGGAGAGAGAGUUCCACGCGAAGAAAUACCUCAGCCUGACUGAGAGAUCGCAGAUAGCGUCCGCUUUGAAGCUCAGUGAGGUUCAGGUAAAAAUAUGGUUCCAAAAUCGCAGAGCUAAGUGGAAACGGGUGAAAGCCGGCCUCGCAUCCGGCAGCCACUCCGGCGGGAAAAACGGAUCCGGCACGAAAAUCGUCGUCCCCAUACCGGUUCACGUGAACCGUUUCGCCGUGAGGACCCAACACCAUCAGAUGGAAAAACAAAACGGAUUGCAAUAUAGAAUAGAUAGGACCCAACCUAUUCCUAGUAGUUUAUUACAAUCACAGUCAUCGGCGUUUUUAAGUGCAACAAAAUUAUCUGAUAAUCGACAAGAUCCGAUUAUUAUAAAUCCGCUAAGUCGCAACACUAUUUAUGACGCGAGCAUGUCCGCUAGAUUGGCAACGAUGAGUCAGGCUGCCAACUUAAGACAUUUUUCAAGUCAAAAUGGCCGACCCAGUUAAUUUUAGGUUAUUUUUAAGAUUGGACCACUUAGAUUUAGAAUUAGUGUAAAAUAGUAAGGUUGAUUUAGGUAAGGAUUGUAUUAUAAUUGUGAUUAAAGA